GCGUGCGGCGCGCGAGCUCCCCCGCCGCUUGGGGCCGCCCGUUGCCAUGGAGCCGCCCGCCGCCGACGCCGCAGACGCGGAGCUUAGGAGGAGCCGCCGUGCGAGCCGUUCCGACCCGCUCCGGUCGGCAGAGAGCUAAUUUCUGCUUCCCAAGAUGGAAGAAGACGCUAACCAGUUCCCUCAGAAGGAGCUUUUGGACAAUGUCCCGAUUGUGGAAGAUGAAAGAGAUGAACUAGAGGCUCCAGAGUUCCAGGUUGAAUUUCUUCCUCCGGCAGCUCAGAAGGGUGCCGACUCGGGAGGCCGCGGCCCGGGGAAGGCCGAUGCUGACCCAGGUGGGAAGAAAACAGCCGCCCCAGCCGGGUUCCAGGCCUGCGGCCUGCGGAGGACCUUGGGCCGCCUGGAGACGCUGCAGGAGGAGAAAGAGCUGCUCGUUCAGAAAACCAGAGGAGAGCUGCGUGCUUGCCGCCGGAGGAUAGAGCUCAUCGCCAAGCAGCAGGCGAGCGUGGCGGCCGAGGUGGCGGCAGGGAGAGAGGCCAACAACACCGCCUCCGUGGGCCGCCUCCAGGCGGUGUCCAGACGCCUGUGCACGGAGCUGGACGACGAGAGAGCCCUGCAGUCCCAGCUCAGAGCCGCGUUGCUGAAGAGCGAGAGCGCCAUGUGGCACAUUGCGAUCCAGAAGGGACAACUUGAGGACGUCCAAGCGUCUGCCCAAGAGGAGGAAGCGGCAGCCAGGAAGGGCCUCCGGGCGCACGCGGCCGAGCAGCUGCACCGCGAGGAGGAGGCCGUGAAGAAGGCCGAGAGGAACCGGCUGCUGAGGGUCAGGAAGGCCAUGCACCUGCAGAAGGAGCACGGGCUCAGGCACCAGAAGCUGGUGGAAGACGCCAAGAAGAAUCACAAGAUCGCGGUGAAGUUCCUGAAGGCUUCCCUGGGAAGAAUCCGCGAGCAGGAGAGGGAAAAGGAGAUGGGGUCCCAGGAGCACAUGAAGAGGCGCAUGGACGCCGUGCUGGCUUUGAAGAACAGUAUCAGUGCCAACAGGGAAACACUCCGGAAAUUUCAAGCAUGGGGCCAGGCCAGGGCAGAGCUGGCUGAGCAGAAGGCCCGGGCCCAGAAGGAGAUGAUUCUGGCCCAAGGUGGGGACGCUUUCAGACACCUUUUCCAUCAACGCCAGCGCCAGGAGCUGGAAGCCCAGAACCACGCCUUCGAGGAGCAGCAGAGGCUCAGAAAGCAGGAGAUCGUAGGUCGGAUUCUGAAAGAAGAGGCUGCGGGAGAAACCAGGAGGAAGAGGCGGUCUUCUCCCACCAAAGCCACGGGCCGGCUGACCCUGAGAGAUGAGACGUGGGGCUACGUCUCGGACGUCUGCGAGGACAGGGGCACGGUGGCCCUUCCCCGCAACCUGCCGCAGGACAGCGAAGCGGUCUCACCCCCCAGAGCCUCUCAGUUACUGGAAGCCAUCUCCUAUGAGUCCGUCCAGGGGGACUCGGGGAGCAUCACCUGGGAACAUGACACGCUGGCCGAGCCGGAGAUCCCCGGGCUCUGGAAGGAAGACUAUAAGCCGAACCAGGUGCCCAAAGAGGAGGUGGACAGGAAGCCCGUGGGCGGGACAAAGAUGGACAAGGACAUCCUGGCGCGCACCAUGGAGCAGCUGCGCAGCAGGGUGACCCACAGGCAGGUGGCAUCCGGGCACGAGUUCAAAGGUCGCCCCUUCAAUAGCAAACCCAAGCUCAUCCACUUCAAGGACUUCGACGUCGGCAAAGUGUACAAGAAGAAGAUCACGCUGAUAAACGCCACCUACGCCAUCAACCACUGCAAGCUGGUGGGCGUGGAGGAGCACCUCAGGGACUUCGUCCGCGUCGACUUUGACCCCCCUGGUCCCAUGUCAGCCGGGAUGUCCUGCGAAGUCCUUGUCACCUUCAAGCCCAUGAUAAACAAGGAUCUGGAAGGAAGCAUCUCAUUUCUGGCUCAGACGGGUGGAUUUUCUGUUCCACUGAAGUGUUCCACGAAGAAGUGUAUGCUGUCUCUUGACAAGGAGCUCAUCGACUUUGGCAGCUACGUGGUGGGUGAGACCGCCUCCCGGAUCGUCACGCUGACCAACAUCGGAGGUCUGGGCACCAAGUUCAAGUUUCUUCGGGCAUCAGAGUCCUGUGAGAUGGACAUCUCCCAGUCGGUCGCGAAAACAAGCAGUCUGUUCACAUAUGAAGAUAAAGGUAUUUACGAUAAAAUCACCACCAGCUUUUCUGAGCAAAAGAUUGAGGGCAAUGAGUCCCCUCCCAUAGACAUGACAAGCCAGAAGGAGUCUGGGAAGCUGGGCGGCAAGAAGCAGGAGGAGGGGCGCCCUGCAGAAUCAGAGGGAGUGACCAUGAGCACUGUGAUGACCGUACCUCCCAACGAAGAGCAGACGGAGAUCUCUCUGGGAGAGGUGGCAGAGGGGGAGAUUGGCCCCUUCGGCUCCAUCAGAGUGCCGGUCAUCUUCACGCCCAUCAUCCCAGGAGCGGUCUACACCAAGUUCAAGGUCGUGUUUAAGAAUCAGCAGUGUCCCACGUUAUAUUUCAGAGUCACAGGCGUUGCUAUCGACGUGCCCGUGUGGGUGCCAAAGCCCAGCGUAGACUUGAAGAUCUGCAUGUACGACCGGCUGUAUCAGGACUCCAUCCUCGUCCACACACGGUCGAAAGCGGCCCUGCGUCUGAAGUUUGAAGUGUGCAAGGAGCUGAGGGGCCACAUGGAGCUCCUGCCGGAGACGGGCUACAUCCAGGCCAGGUCCUCCUACACCGUGCAGCUCAAGUUCCUGCCGCGACACUCCCUCCCAGAAGAUGCAGGGAAGUAUUUCGACAAGGAAAGCAGAGUCCUGGAGGCCCCAAUGACAAUCCGGGUGGCUGACCAGAUCAAGCCGGUGGGGUUUACGGUACACGCAGUGGUCACCACCUCGGACCUGGAGCUCAGCCCCUCGGCAGUGGACUUUGGCCACUGCACCGUGUACGAGGCCGUCAGAACCCAAGUCAGCCUCUGCAACCUCUCCCUCCUGCCCCAGGGUUUUGGAUUCGUCGGGCUCCCCAAGUUUGUGGACGUCCAGCCCAGUGACGGGUUUGGGACAAUCCUGCCGCUGGAAACGCUGCAACUUGACGUGAUCUUCCAGCCCACCAAGGCCAAGGAGUACAACUUCGAGCUCGUCUGCAAGUCGGAGAUCAACCGGUGCUUCAAGCUGUCGUGCCGAGCCGUGGGCGUCCGCCCGCCCCUGGGGCUGUCCCACUACCAGGUCAAGUUUGCAGCCACGUCCCUGUACCACACAUCCGUGGCCACGCUGUACGUCAUCAACUCUCACGUGAGCAUGAGCUCACUGACUCACUCCGCUCCCCGAGUCGGCUCUGAGGACGUCUCUCCCGUGGGGCCCACGACCUUCGAGUUCCUGCCGCCCCCCGACUCGCCCAUCACCAUCUCGCCCUUGGUGGGGACCGUGCUGCCAGGAAAGAGGUGCCUGGUCCAGGUGGCCUUCCGGCCCGUGCUCCCCACCAAGCUGAUCCUCCAGGAAGCCCUCCAGACCCUGACCAAAGAAGCGGAGGUCAAGUCGCCCUGCAAAGACACGGUCACCCAGAGGAAGGACCUAAGGAGACAGUCCUCCACGCUGCGGCUGCAGGGCCGGGACCACCCGCCCCGGGCCUCCACCACCCAGGCCGCCAAGCUGCAGAAACUGGACCUCAAGCCCAGACGGCCUGGAGCAGAGCUGGUGCCUGAUCGGCACCCUGGGGUAGGGGAGGGCCCCCCAGCAAGCAGGGAAGGGUGGGAAAGCCAGCUGGUCAGACAUACCUGGGACGGCCACAGCCGGGCAGAGCCCCCGGAAGCUGCCCCUUACCCCUCCGGCCCGGGGCCCGGGAGAGUGUGGCAGGGCCCCCCGGGGCUUCUGGGGACGGUGUGGGUACAGGGGCGUGAGUGUGCGCUGCUGCUUAAUUCCAGUUCGGACGAGUACCAGGCUGCCCAGGCCACCCUGGCCAGAUCUUUCCAGGGGAGGUUUGACAAGUUUGUGGUUCCCUGUGUCGUUGCCAGUGGUGACACUGAAGACAGGAAGGGGAUGGAACCCCUGAGCUUCAGUCCCCACAAUACCCUGUACCUGGAGCUGUGGUGUCCAGCCGUGGCACCGUCUCUCGUGGUGACCUCCGACAAAGGCAAAACCAUCUUCAACUUCGGUGACAUCGCUGUAGGACACCGUGGCAUAAAAAAGGUCUCCAUCCAGAACAUCUCCCCCGAGGACCUCACCGUGGAGUUCUCUGUGCUGAACCCCAGUGGCCCCUUCAUCCUGCUGACCCCCAUCGGCAAGCUGCCUGCAGGCGAGACCCAGGUCCUGACGCUGUCCUUCUCUCCCCGGGAGAGCAUCUUGGCCCGAGAAACACUGGACAUCAUCACCAAGAGAGACACGCUGUCUCUGACCCUCGUGGGCACUGGCGUGGCAUCCACGAUCACGUGCUCCAUUGAAGGGGACGUCCUCGACAUGGGUUACGUGAUUGCCGGAGAGUCUGCGUCCUCCAGCUUCAAGCUGCAGAACAGCUCGGCGCUGCCCAUCAGGUUCUCCAUGCAGCUGGACAGCCUCUCCAGCUCCAGGAGGGGCAAAAGCCAGCAGCGGCUGCCGCAGUUCCUCGCCUUUCCGGCCCAGAGGACUGAAGUCGUGGGCACCCAAAACCACAGCGGCCAGAGCGUGUUCAGCGUGAUCCCCGUCGAGGGCGUCAUAGACCCCGGCAAGACGCAGGACUUCACCGUGACCUUUAGCCCGGACCACGAGAGCCGUUACUUCUCCGACAGGCUGCAGGUGGUGCUCUUCGGAAAGAAACUCUCCCACCAGAUUCUUCUGAAGGGCGCGGCCCGUGAGCACAUGAUGUUCGUAGAGGGUGGAGACCCCCUGGACGUGCCUGUGGAGUCCCUGACCGUGAUCCCCACCUGCGACCCUGAGCACAGAGAAGAAGCCGAGGAGCUGAAGCCCAUCCUGGUGACCCUGGAUUACGUCCAGCUGGACACAGACAUGCCAGCCCCUCCUGCCACCCGAGAGCUGCAGGUGGGCUGCAUCCGGACCACCCAGCUGUCUCCAAAGAAGACCGUCGAGUUCAGCCUGGACGGUGCCGCAUCUCUGCAGCACAAGGGCUUCACCAUUGAGCCCUCCAGAGGCUUCGUGGAGCGUGGCCAGACCAAGACCAUCAGCAUCUCCUGGCUGCCACCCGCAGACUUUGACCUGGAUCAUCCACUCGUGGUGUCAGCCCUGCUGCAGCUCAAGGGGGAUGUGAAGGAGACUUACAAGGUCUUCUUUGUAGCCCAGGUGGUGAGCGGCCCCUGAGGCCACAGGAGUCUCUCCACACACCUCCUGCUCUCUCUUGAAGCCCUCCUGUGGUGCGCAAACCAGGCCAAGCCACCCGCAGGCCUGGGACCUGGGCAUCCCCUGCUGGGCAAAUUCAAACGUGCAGCCCUCUUCAUGGCCCUAUGGCCGGGGCACGCCAGCCCUGCAGGCAUGGCUGCUUCCUGCUGACCUGGACCCAGCAAGUCUAGAGGCCAAGAGCACCCCUCCCUGGCCCCACUGAGAACAAGGCAACAAGGCCAGUCCUACCCACACGUACUCUUACCCUGAGCCCCUCAGAGCCCCCAGCCCCACCAGUACCCUCCUGCCCAGCCUUUAGAAGCCCUGGUGUGGGGAAGAGUUGCCCCCACAAGUCUGCCAAUAAACCUUCUGAGCUGCUUCGUA